AUUGACAAUUUUGGCAAAAAUGCACCUACAAAUAUCUCGAUUUGUGCCAUUUGCUAAUACAAUUUUAUGAUGAACCCUCUGUAUUAUACUCUAGUCCUUAUUCUGCUUCUUUUAACGUAUUACCAUGGAGGAUUUUGCCUCCAAAGUGAUUCCUCCUCAUCCGCGUCAGAUCUUGCCAACAAGAUCGCUGCUGGUGCAACAAAAGCUACAACCGAAGAGAUCAACCAAAUGGAACAUUCCAAAAAUGAAAUAAAGCCGAAAAAUUCCAUCGUAAAAAAGACCGAGCCUCUCCCCAAAAAAGUUAAUGAAAAGGCAAAGUUAGUUCAGGAUGAAGAUGAGGCUAGUAAAUCAGUAAAGCAGGAGAUUAAGAAGCCUGAUGCCCGCCCUCCUGUAGAAAAUCAAGCUCCAGUCCAGUCUGAUCAUCCGUUAAAUCCAGAGAAACAUGUCCAAGAUACAAUGACCGAACAUGGUCUUGGGGUCAAGGCAGCAAUUAGAGAGAGUGAGAAUACAGAGGGGGUGCCGCUUGGGAACUGUGAUGGCAACGAAGCUAAUGGUGUCCUCUGCGAUGAUGUCAAGAAAGUCAUCUCACCAGAGUUGCCCAAACUCUCGAGGGAGUUUGUUAAAGUGCCACCAGAGGCGGUCAAGGUGCAGGAGGAGGGAAUCAAAGCUCCGCCUGAGGUGACAGAGGAACAAUCUAAAACUGAAAGUAUUACUGAGCCAGAACCGGUCAAGCAAGAUGAGGCUCCACAAGAGCAAAAGAAGGAAGAGGAGGUGCCCAAACCUGCCGAGAGUGAGCCACCUAAAGCAGCGGAAGUAGCUGCAGAGAAAAAAGCACCGGUAGCUGGGGAGAAUACCACAGAACCUGUCGCUGAGGGUGAUGUGAAGAAGGUGGAGGGAGAGGUGACUACGGAAAAGAAAGAAGGCGGCUCGUCAGACACUGAGACAGUCACACCACCUAUCAAUACGAUCGUCCAACACGAGGAGGAGGACAUGCCCUCUUUUAACGAGUGGAAGAAACAACAGCAUGAGGCAAAGAAAGAAGAGGAGAAGGAAAAAAGUAAACAAAAUGGUCAUACUACCCAGCCAGGUUCCACAGGCAGCCAGUUGACCCGGCCAAGCACCAUGCGCACCAAUUAUGCCUCCCUGAGCUGUGGGGCGAAGGUGCUGUCCCAUAAUCCAGAGGUGCAGCAUGCCUCGUACACGCUCAAUGACAACAAGGAUGAAUAUAUGAUAAAUCCUUGCAGUGCAAAUAAAUGGUUCAUCGUGGAGCUCUGCGAGCCAAUCCAAGUCAAAUUCGUUGAAGUUGCCAACUUCGAAUUGUUCUCCUCACUGCCAAAAGAUGUCAGGCUGCACACCAGCGACAAAUACCCUUCUAAAGAUUGGAAGCUCCUCGAUACCUAUACUGCCACCGAGGAGCGGAAGAUCCAUAUUUUUCCUGUGAUGGGCCAACAGCUGUAUUCGAAAUAUCUAAAAGUUGAAGUCUUGUCCCAUUUCGGGACGGAGCAUUUUUGUCCACUUACCUUAUUGAGAGUAUUUGGUACAAGCUAUGCCGAGAUUGAUGACGAUGAUGAUCACGAUGAUGUCAACACUGAUGAACAUGUCCAGGGGGAUGGGGCCAGCAGUAUAUUUACAAGUGCUACAGAUAUUGUCAUGAAUGUCGUCAAGAAAGUAUUAAAUGGUGGCGAAGAUCAACAAAAGCCUUUAGAUGCUUCUACUGACGCUGCUGGUGAGAGUGAAAAUAAAUCCAUUCCCUGCUCUGGACGUCCGUUCCGGCCGAAUAAUAAGGAGGAUGCAAAUACUACAGAAGAUUACGACCUUCCCUGUCUCCAAGGGCGGGCAGACCCUAAAAAGGACCAAAUCAAACCAGACGUUCCUAGACCAGCUUCUGGGGUGUUGCAAGGUUCCAAUGUGAUACUAGACACAGUCAUUCGUCCAUCUGUUCCAUAUCCUACAAUUCCUCAGCCAGUCGCCGACGUAAUCAGUCGGACUGCAUUUGUCGUUAACGUUGUGAACUACUAUGGUGCUACAGUGCUCGGUGCUAUGAACAGUCUUUUCAAAAACUGUCACGUCUGUGAAACAGGGCAGUCGAAAUAUCGCAGUUUUGCUCCCCUGAUUGGUCAUGGGCCGUGUAUCUAUUAUUGCAUUCUGACAAAGUGUUGGCAGCGCUAUGGAUACUGUUGUAAAAACUGUUAUAAAAAGAGUGAUUUGAAAACAAAUCCCAUACCUGCAACCGAGCAGAUUGACUUGUAUUCUACAGCUGUGAUAAGUUCAGUUAAAGCGACAGUGCAGCCUAGUGCUGCUCCUCAAACGUCUGCAGACGGGGUGGUAAAAUAUGAAACUCCAACUGCCAAUGCGCCUGCCACUGCCACAUCGACGUCUGUGCAUAUCCCGUUAACAACACCAGAACCAGUUCAGGAGGGUAUAACGAUUCAACCAACAAAGACAUUCAAAUCGAUUGAUGAUGUUUUAGGAAGUGUUCAAAGUUCUGUUGUGUCUACUAGCUUGAGUCAUCAAAACACACAAAGUCUCACCUUGUCAUCAGAUGUAAAACAAGAGCAUACGAGUAGCACUGAAUCUGUGCUAUCCUCUUCGGCUUUGUCAUCAUCUAUGUCUGGUUCAACGAUGGGCCCAGACGUGGCCCAAGGAAGUCAAUCCAUGGAGCAAGUUUCCACUCCAGCUAUGAUUAAGUCAUCAGCAGUUGUCACAGAAUCUGUUCCACCCAAGGAGGAGGAGAAACUGCCCCCUGUUCAGGAAACAAAAAAGGUGGACCCACCAGUUGAGGUUGGUCAACAGAAUGAGAAGAGUAAUGGGAUCAGUGGUCAAAAGGAGGAGCAACCAGAGGCGGCCCGAAAUGGCGGGUCAGAUCAGAUUCAGAAAGAUGUGAAUGGAAACGGGGAGCAGUUUGUUAUUGUCGAUUUGCCAGUCGCUGGAGCAGCAUCGGCCGGAAAGAGGGAGUCGGCCAUCAUGAGGUUAAAUAACCGUGUCAAGGCGCUGGAGCUGAAUAUGUCUCUCAGUAGCAGGUACCUUGAAGAACUCAGCCAGAGGUAUAAAAAACAGAUGGAGGCCAUGUACAGGUCGUUCAACAUCACGAUCGGCAGAUUGAUGAACACGUCCAAGUGGGCUGAGCAGAGCGAUCAGAGGCAGAAGGAGAAGACGAGUAAACUUCAUGCUCGGAUCGACGAGUUGACGCUACUUGUGGACACACUGACGAAGGAUCUGGAUAAGAUGAAUGUCAAGCAUCUCGAGAACCACCUGGUCUUCCUAGUCCUAGAAACGAUGGUCAUGUUCAUCCUAUUCCUGAUGUGUUCACGCAGAAAUAAGCAACGGACAACCCCAGCGGAGCUACAAGAACUCUUGGAAAACAUGCCUGACCACCCGAAACGUUUACAACGACACAACUCUGAUCCUGCUAUAAGUACACCAAGGAAGCCUGCCAUAUUGAAGGCGAGGUCUCUUAGCGAUGUGGAGACAAAGCAUUCUGAGAGUGAAAGCAAGCUUUUCAUCAUAGAGCCAACCAACUUCCCAUUCCUCAAUGAAAAUAAGGAUCUGAGUAAGAAGAAAAAACGUAAGAAGUCGAAGAAAUUUCUCCACGUCCAAUCGUCAGACCAGUUGUCGGGUCUUCAGUGCUCUCCAUCAAAUACUAGUACAAUGGCAAGUGCUGGGCUACUCUUUGAAGGAAACAACAGACAAAGUGUUAAAGCUGAAAGUGUUAAUGGCGUCCGUAUGAGGACCUUGAGUCGGUCAUCGAGUCUUAAUCAUAUUGAUGUCAUAUUUGAAAACAGUAGUUCCUCUUGUACUGCAAGUAGUCAAAGUACGGAGGGAUUCAGUUUUGAGAAUAUGACGAGUAAUGAGGCAGCUAGGCAAGGUCCAAGGAAACAUUCCCCGAGGUCUGAUGUAGAUUCCGGGGCAAUUGCAAGAAAUAAUCGUGAACAACAGGAAUUUCAGUUGCGGAGAUCGACAUCAUUUCCAAAAAAAUACGGGAAAAAGUUUGUGGAGGAUGUUGGUGCUCGGUAUAAUGGACACGGACCAUCAAGGCGGUUCCCGACUGUGGAUCAGAGGAGUACUAACUCUGACCCAGCACAGUAUUUACGCUUGCAGCGUCAAUUUGUUGACAAUGCAGAAAGUUGUAGCGAUACUGGACAAAAACGAAAAAAAUUCCGAAAGAAAUACGAUUUUGAUACUCAUAGCGAUAAUGGAAAAUUUCAGAAUUUCGAAUAUGUUGACAAUGCACCUGAUUUGGCGAUGAAGCCAAAAAAGAAAUUUGACUCUGGGGGCAAGAAGAAGCCUGUUGAUUCCCGUCUGUUUUAUGAUGGGCAGCCCCAGCCGGUGGGGCAAGGACGUGGGAGGGGAAGAGGUGGAUACAGGGGGCGUGGCCGCCAGGAGAUGGAUGGCUUGGGAGGGUUCAAAACUUGGGUGUCCUACCGGCAUUGACGAGGAUGUCUUUUGCAGAUUUCCUAUUUGUUUACUCCAAUACAGACAAAUUCUUCAGACACGACCAUGUGAUGGAGUGACUUUGGCUAAACAUUGGGCAGAAUUGACCUCAAUUUUGAAUUAUCAAAAGAUACCUCAAUGUGCCAAGAUCUACUGGGGUUAGCUUAAUUUAAAUGUUGAGAAGUUUUGCCUCUGAAGCCAAAGUCAAGCCUGAUCUCGUGCUUUGUCUGAUGUUGUCUUAUUCUGCUAUCUGUGAUCUGCUUUAUAGGAACAUGUUAAGUCCUUUGUUCUCUAUACAAUAGGUUGACUGUGAUACAUAGUAUGGGAUUAUUCGUCACACUGUUAACAUUGCAACGUUUUGUUAUAAAGGGAGACAAAAGGCAGUUGUCAGUGUGGGUCAGAUUGAGUUGCACACUGUCACUGCUUGGGAUUGGGGUCUCGCUUAUCUCACGGUACAUCGAAACUAUGUACAUGUAUGCUCGUGGGAGAAAUAUAUUAAUCACUAGAGAGAAAUCCUUGCUCAUGUUGAUUCAGAGAGACUGCAAAAAGUCUUUAUGUGUUCUUGGUUCUACAUAUCUCAUAUAGCAGCUAUUUCUUGUCGACUGUUUAUUUGCAUAGAAGAAGAGAAGAGAGGGUUUGAAUCCUUGGUUGAAAUAUACAAGUUGAGUUAGCUUUUGGGGCAUUAAUAAUUUACCAGUUCCACGGUUAACUGUUUGCCUUUGGUUGGUAUAAAUUGAAGAAAGGAUCAAAUUCAGAAGGAAUUUGGUGGAGAACUUACUUAUUUAUUGCUGUAAAUAAUGUCUAAUUUUGCGUGCUGGGAAUUUGUUAUGACUUUUAGGGAGACUAUAGGUAGGAACAAUUCAUAUCAGAUCAAGUUACACAAAUUUGCUGAUAGGGGUCUUCUAUCUCACAGUAAUAUUGAAACUAUUCCUGCUUAUUGCUAAAUCAACCCCCCCAAUUGUUCAUAUUGGUCACUUAAAGACCAUCAAUUUGACCACCUGGCUCAGACGUAUGUGCCCCUUUAAAAUUCAUGUCCCAACUUGCAGCAAUGAACAAGAACUCAGUAAACUAUGACUGUGCCAGCCCAGCAUUAUAUUAAGACUCUCCUCCUUCAAGGAAAACAUUAUACUUGUCACAUCCUGUUGGAAAUCUAAAUGCUAUUGUUGCUGUUGUAUUUAUUUGAAUGUGUAAUAUUUCCGAAGAAAAAUACAAUUGAAUAAAAAUGUUUUCUAAAUAAUGGUAAUAA